AUGUCACAACCAUUGCGUGUGAUUAUUGCUGGGUCAGGCCUAUCGGGACUUGCGAUUGCACAGGGUUUGAAGAAGAAUGGAAUCGAUCAUGUUGUGUUUGAUAAAGAGAGUUCGCCUCGAGAUCGCAACUGGGGAGUCACCAUUGCUUGGAGUCAUCCAUACCUGGAAGAGCUAUUGCCAUCGGAGCUUUAUGACCGCUUGUCAGAUUGUCAGCCUGAUCCGAAGUUGGACUCCAAAGAGGCUGGCUGCGAGAGUGUUAUCAUUCGCGAUGGCUCCAAUGGAAAGACCAUGGUUGAACCACCGUUCCCUAGAGUAAGACGACUCAAUAUUCAGAAGACAAGAAAAAUAUGGUCAGAAGGAAUUAACGUCAAGUAUGGUAAAACACUCGCCGACAUUGAAUUGACCACGGACGGUGUUAUUGCUCACUUCCACGACGGCACCUCUGAAUCAGGCUCCGUACUUGUAGGCGCAGAUGGCGGCGGCUCAUGGGUCAGACCGUGGCUAUUAGGCGAUGCUGCCGCCGCUCGAGUCCUGCCAUACACGUUUGUCAAUUUUCCGUUCACUUAUACCGCGGAACGAGCAUUGAAAAUGGAUGAAAUGAUGCACCCAAUUGUCGAUGUUGGAAUACAUCCAAAGUCCAUGUACAUUGGAAUCUUCCUACUGGACAAGCCCGACCUCGACAAACCAGAGACUUGGAUCUUCUACAUUCUCGCAACAUGGCAGCGUGAGGAAGAAGAUUAUCAAGGAACUCGAAACAUGGUUGCUGAAUUGAAACGGAGGAUGGACGGCUGGGCCGAUCCCUACAAGUCUGCCGUCGAUUGGAUCCCAGAAGGAAUUCAAGCCAAAGCGGUCCCUUUCCGGAUAUGGAGGCCGACAAAGUGGGAUAAUCGUGGAGGCCGAGUCACCUUGUCAGGCGAUGCUGCUCACAGCAUGACGUUCCACCGAGGACAAGGAGCCAAUAACGCCGUUCGGGAUAGUGAGCGCUUCGUCAAGGCAAUGAUAGCGGUCAAGAGUGGUGAGAAGACUCUUGCCGAGGCAGUCAACGACUAUGAUGAGGAUGUCAUCACUCGAGGAAGUGAAGAAGUCGAGGUCUCGAGGAUCCAAACGGAUGCACUCCAUGACUAUGAGAACUUCUUCAACAGCCCUAUCAUGAAGCAUGGGAUCAAGCCGACACUCGAUAUCGACAAUCUGAAAGGAACGACGACGACACUGGACUGA